AUUGACAAAGGCGGAGUAUAUCAGCUGAUCCGGCAGAAUCCAGAACGGAGACGAUUUAUCCAGAAGUACUUUGAGAAAUAUCCAGAUUGGCCGCUUGUACGUAUGAAGAAGCCGUCACUACCAGAGAGACCGGCCCAGGCUGUUGUGGCCUACGAUCGCAAUCAGGAUCGUGUCACGGCCUACGUUGUCGCUACCGAUAGAGCGUUAUGUGUCUUACGGUUUCCGCCUCGAAGUGGUUCUCUGGCUGGAGCGAACUGUUUUGAGUAUCCAUGUUCUGCGCCGGGACAUCUGCACGUUGAUGAGACCAUCUUCAGAGGGUCGUCGAGGAUCCAUGCAGUGAAUCUCGAACACUUUGGUAGUAACAACAUGUCGGCGAGACGCAUGGCGAAGAAUCGUUCUCAGUUCGAUGUUGUACAGCCAGGACCAUGCCCUGACAGGCUCAAGACCUCUUCAACUACUGCGAGAAAGUCGUCGCUACCAGUUAGAGCUGAUGGAGGACCGGAAGAGGCGCUCAACUAUGAGAUGGAUCCGCAAACUUUAGCGAUUCGAAUGAAGAAGGAAGCUCAGUUUGAAGUGCUGCCGUGUAGUCAGCCGAUACCCCAUACCACUUGGCAGUACCAUACGGAAUGCUCACCGGUCUGCCUGGGCGGAUUGGAGCGUGAUCCGGCAAAUUCGCAGUUCUUCACGUGCUCUCCGCUGCAUAUUCCGAUUUUGUGUGGAUGGCGGCGAGUUCUGUAUAUGCAUGAGAGCUCAGUACGACGUGCGAGCGAUGGUCGAAUCAAUGUAUCGCGCGCCAUGUGGACGGUCACUAAACUCGAAGAAAUGCGUGGCUACGAAGUCGGCAGUGAACUGACAAUCGAUUUGUUUUGCUUCGAUCCGGUGAUAGAGACGAAGAACUUUGUGCAUGUUGCGGAAUCUUUUGUCAAGACAGCGGACUUCACUCUUGGUUUGGAAAACAUGCCUAUACCAGCAGUGAACACAGUCGAUGACGAAAAUCCUCCUAAGAUGGCCUACUGUGCUCGACGAUUCCCGUAUAAUCAUCAAGUGGAUGUGAAGACGAUUUCUAGAGAUUUCUGCUCUGGCUGUUCUUGCACU